CUUCCGCGGAUGCCCCGCGCCCGGGCGGAACCACGGUGCGCUCGGCGUUCAGGGCCCCUCGAGGCUCUGCCGGAGCCGGGCUCAGGACCGGACCCCGUGCGGGUCGCUCUCUGACAGCGCCCAGGUUGGAGGUGACCCUCGCCCAGAUGGCCAGGUGGCUUCGGGACUACCUGAGCUUCGGCGGCCGGAGACCCCCUCCGCAGCCGCCCACCCCCGACUACUCGGAGAGCGACAUCCUCCUGGCCUACCGAAUGCAAAAAAAUUUGGACUUCGAGGACCCCUACGAGGACGCAGACAGCCGCCCUGAGCCGGACCCCGCGGCCCCGCCAGACCCCAAGGGUCCCGGCGACUCCAAGUACGACUCCCCCAAGCACCGGCUCAUCAAGGUGGAGGCGGCUGACAUGGCCCGGGCCAAGGCUCUGCUGGGAGCCCCCGGGGCCGAGCCGGAAGUGGACAUUGAGUAUUCGGACCCGUUUGAUGCCCAGCCUCUCCCACCACCCUCAGACGAUGGCUACGUGGAGCCCUAUAAUGUCCAGCGGGUCGUCAGUGAGCUGCCGUGCAGGCCAGUCCAGCUGUAUGACACGCCCUAUGAAGAGCAGGACCAGGAGCCGGAGGAGAAUGCGGCUCCUUCCAGCCAGAGGCCUCGGCAGAGCCGGCUGCCCUUGGAGGAUGAGCGGCCCGCGGAUGAGUAUGACCAGCCCUGGGAGUGGAAGAAAGACCACAUCUCCAGAGCUUUUGCAGUGCAGUUCGACAGUCCGGAGUGGGACAGGACCUCCGGCUCGGCCAAGGAGCUGCGGAGACCCCCGCCCAGAAGCCCGCAGCCCGCUGAGCGCGUGGAUCCCGCCCUGCCCCUGGAGAAACAGCCGUGGUUUCACGGGCCCCUGAGUCGGGCUGAUGCGGAGAACCGUCUGUCACUCUGCAAAGAAGGCAGCUACCUCGUGCGGCUCAGUGAGACCAGCCCCCAGGACUGCUCCCUGUCCCUCAGGAGCAGCCAGGGCUUCCUGCAUCUGAAGUUCACGCGGCCUCGAGCAAACCAGGUGGUGCUGGGCCAGCACAGCGGCCCCUUCGCCAGCGUCCCCGAGCUGGUCCUGCACUACAGCGCGCGGCCCCUGCCCGUGCAGGGCGCGGAGCACCUGGCGCUGCUGUACCCCGUGGUCACACAGAGCCCCUGCCCUGCUCCCUAAGGGACACUGUGGAGGGCUGGGAAAGAUGAACACCCAGACCCUCGCCAUCUCCCGGCCAUCUUGGAGCCGACCGGGUUCGAGGGCCCAGGACUGUCUCCGAGCGUCAUCCCCUCACCAGCCAAUAAAUCAGUGCUUGUCUUUC